AAGUAAUAAGUAUUAUUGUCGAUGUAUUAUAUGUGCUUUUAAAAAUUGUUAAAUGAUAAAAAUUCGUUAGAUUUCUGCAUUGCUUCGUUGGAGUUUACAACGAGUGUACUAAAAUGAUGUUUGUCUAAUUUUUCUUGUUUAUAAAAAGACGAAAAGAAUUAUCACCAGUAUCGACAUUGAAUAUCAUUUGAGAUAAAUUGAAAAUUUGUAUAUUCUUUUAUAAAAGAAAUAUUAUUGUUCAACCAUGUUAAGAAUAGCUGUUAUCUGUUUACUAUUCUCAUUUGUCAAUAGUAAAAAUUGCACACUUUCCAGAGAUGAGUUAAAAAAAUUAGAAAAUACUCUCUCUCUAGCAUUGGAUUUUGCGAAAAAGAAUGUUGAUAUAAAUGAAAAUGCAAUAAUUUGCGUAGGCUCCGCAAGGGCUGGAAAAAGCACAUUAAUUAAUUACUUAAUAGGCAAUCCAUUAAAGGGAGAAUCUAUUUCAAAGUAUGAGUCUUUAAAAAUAUCAAAAGCAGACAAUUCUCCAGGGCCGGAAAUUGGUCAGGGACCAACGUCAAAAACUAAAGAGCCUACAAAAUAUAGUAUGCCAAAAUUUAGAAAUACUGUAGUCUGGGAUUCUCCUGGAUUUCACGACAAUAGGGGAGAAUCACAAGACAUCAGUAAUUCCUUUUAUAUUUAUCAGUUGUUGAAAACUGUUAAAAAUCUAAAAAUUGUAGUAGUUGUUGACUAUAAUAUCCUUCUAACAGAUACUUCUUCACAGAUGACAUCACUUUUAAAUUCUCUUGAAAACCUAUUUGGAAAUAAUUUUAAACACAUUUUCUCAAGCACAAGUAUGGUUUUUUCGAAAGUACCUUACGAUAAAAGUAAUAAAGAAAGUAUGGAACUUAUAAAAUCUAAAUUGCAGUAUAAUUAUAUAGAUUCUGAAUUGAGCAUGUCUGAAAAUGCAAAAAACUUUUUAAAAUAUGUAGUACAACAUAAAGAAAGUAUUGCAUUUUUUAAAUCAGCAAGAAAAGUAGGUUUAAUUAAUUCUAAAGAAAUUGGUUAUAAUAUUAUUGAAAGUAUUAACGCUUCCAAAAUCUUAAAUAAGCAAUUACUUCAGGAUGUAAAACCAAGUAUGUCGGAAUCUUCAAGAAAUUGCCUAUCAGAAACCCUUGAUAUUAUUCUAUUAAAUCCAUUAUAUGAUCAUUUAGAAAGUGUGACUAAUGAGAUUAUAAAAAUAAUUAACGAUUAUGACACGCAAGUAAAAGAUUCAAAGCAACUAAAUGUUAUUGAAAAUAAAUUAAAGGAAAUUAAAAGCGUACUCAAAAAAGCUAAAGAAGUUAACAAUAAUUUAAUUGAACAAUUUAAUUUUUACACAUCAAUCAAUGAUAAAAUAAAGACAAGAAUUGAGAAUUAUGAUUUGGUAAAGAAAGUUGAACUAAUAGAUUUUCUUGAUAACUUAUUGAAUGUAACAAAAAAAAAAGAUACAGAAAUCCUUGUUAAUCUUAAAUCAUCUGCUUUAAUAGCGCAGGUAGAUUCAGUACUAAGUAAUAUUCGAUUACAAUAUUUGAAACAAAAUACAGCAGAUAAACAAACGGAAUUGGAGGAUUUCAGAAAUAAAUUUGAGGCUUUGAAAAACAUUUCGAAAUUCAAAAACACUACUGAAUCUCAACCAGAAGCAAUAACAAAGGAAGUUUUCAAACCCAAUCUUCUUGUUCCAGUUUUUUCUUUAGUAGCAUUUCUUAUUAUAUGCUUUUUUCUAAUUGAUUAGCUAUUAAUUCAACAAGAGGCAAUCUACUCUCCAGACAUUCAACAUCAUACACAAAUGACCCUGACAAGGAAGAAAAGAAAAGUCUUCUUCGCCGGCCUGAAAGUCCGCAACAGUUAAUUAGUAAUUUCAGAAUAAUGAUUGUGUUAAUUAUUUGAUAGUUUUUUUAAACAUUUAUUCCAAUAAUAAAAAAAAAUGGUCAAAUGUUUUUAACAUCUAUUAAAAAUUAUUAUAAUAAUUGCUCUUAAGUUUUAAAUUAACUGUCAUUAAUUUAAAGAAUGAAAUGAAUUAUAAAGGAUUAUGGAUUUACCAAAAGAUUAAUGUUGACAAUAAGAAAUUAAACUUGCUAACCUGACAACUAAAUUUGUGUAACUAUGGAGAAAAUAAUUCUAUUAAUAUUAUUUUUACAAUUAAAUAUUACUUUUUCUUGUAAAUUAAUUAUAAUUCCUUUACUGUUAAACACAUUUAUCUCAUAUUUUAUGACAUUUGUUUUAUA